UAAAAAUGCCCUAUUACUGUUCUGUGCGUUUUCAAGAUUGAAUGGCGUUUAUGGUUAAACGCUGGAAGACUAGUUAAGACCCUAUAUUAAUCAACAAUAUUUGGAGUUGUUUUCAGGUGGCAACUACAUCACCCAAAAUUCUAUUCGAACUUACUUUGUAUAAACUAUACGGCAGACGAAUCGUCCUCAUUUCUCAUGACUAGCAGCAAUGUGUGAUAACACUGGUACUGAGGACAAGCCUCCGGCCCCUCCGGUCAGGAUGAGCAGUACCAUCUUCAGCACAGGCUCCAGCAAAGACCCGCAUUCAGUGAAUCACAGUUCCAAGCCAUUACCCUCGGUUCCAGAGGAAAGAAAACCCCGCAUCAAUAUAAUCUCAAUUUUCUCAGGAGCAGGUGGUAGAAAAAAAGACAGAGACAGAGAACGACCAGAGAUCUCUCCACCUUCAGACUUUGAACACACCAUUCACGUUGGCUUUGAUGCUGUCACUGGAGAGUUUACUGGCAUGCCGGAGCAAUGGGCAAGACUCCUACAGACAUCAAACAUUACAAAGUCAGAGCAGAAAAAGAACCCACAAGCUGUUCUUGACGUGCUCAAAUUCUAUGACUCUACAGGCAACGGCCGCCAGAAAUACCUCAGUUUCUCCUCUGAAAAGGAUUGUUUCCCCACAGGACCCCAAUUUCCGGUGAAAAAGAGUGUGGAACCCUCCUCCACUACUGUCAAGGGCAUUGAUGAUGAUGACGACGAAGAUGAUGAAGCUCCCCCUCCCAUCGUUGCACCACGUCCAGAAUACACGAGGAGUGUGUACACACGCUCUGUCAUUGACCCCAUCCAUGCUCCAGGCACGUUUCCAGAUGGAGACUCCGCAUCUAAGGCUGUAGACAGACAAAAGAAAAAGGGCAAGAUGUCCGACGAGGAGAUCAUAGACAAACUGAGAACCAUAGUAAGCUUCGGAGAUCCCAAAAAGAAGUACACAAGAUAUGAAAAGAUUGGACAGGGGGCUUCAGGGACUGUGUACACAGCCAUCGAUGUUGCUACUGGACAGGAGGUGGCCAUUAAACAAAUCAACCUACAGAAGCAGCCCAAGAAGGAGCUGAUCAUCAAUGAGAUAAUGGUUAUGAAAGAGUUAAAGAACCCCAACAUUGUCAACUUCGUAGACAGUUUCCUAAUGGGAGAGGAGCUUUAUGUGGUGAUGGAGUACUUGGCGGGUGGCUCGCUGACUGAUGUGGUGACGGAGACCUGCAUGGAUGAGGCUCAGAUAGCUGCUGUCUGCAGAGAGUGUUUACAGGCACUGGAUUUCCUUCAUGCUAACCAGGUCAUCCAUCGUGACAUCAAGAGUGACAACGUUUUGCUGGGGAUGGAUGGCUCUGUCAAGCUUACCGAUUUUGGUUUCUGCGCCCAGAUCACUCCAGAGCAAAGCAAGCGCAGUACCAUGGUGGGUACGCCUUACUGGAUGGCACCUGAAGUGGUGACUCGGAAGGCUUAUGGGCCCAAGGUUGAUAUCUGGUCCAUGGGCAUCAUGGCCAUUGAGAUGGUUGAAGGGGAACCGCCAUACCUUAAUGAGAACCCUCUAAGAGCACUGUAUCUGAUCGCCACCAAUGGCACUCCAGAGUUGCAAAACCCAGAGAAACUGUCUCCUGUCUUCAGAGACUUCCUUAACCGCUGCCUGGAAAUGGAUGUGGAGAAGAGAGGUGGGGGCAGAGAGCUGCUGCAGCAUCCCUUCCUGAAGCUGGCAAAGCCCCUCUCCAGUCUUACACCUCUUAUCUUGGCUGCUAAGGAGGCCAUGAAAGGCAAUCGUUAACCAACAAAAUGCCUUCCCAUGCUGUGCCAGAUUUAUGCCAACUAUGUAUUUUUGGUGUCGGACUAUAGGCUGAGUGAUACCCCCACUCUAUAUGCCCAGCCCUGAUAAAACUCACUGUGAAGACCAAAAACAUAGCAAGCACAACCCACUACUAGUCAUAUGAACUCUGUUUCUUACCCAAUUUUCUAAUGACAACCAAAAUGUAAGUGUUUAUUUGUAGAGCUUGGAGAGGGAAUAAAGAAAUAUAGUUCCUAA